AGAUUGUAGAAGUUGAAGAAUGUUCACAUUGUUUGUAGUCUUGGUUGUUCUCUUUGAAGCCUUCGAGACAGACACAAGUCCUUUUCUUAAUGCUCGUCUUGGAGAUAAUGUGACUCUGCAAUGCUUCUAUCAAGGCAGAAGUCCUCAUAUUUCGUGGUACCAACAAACUGCAGGAUAUAAGCCUGUAGUUGUAUCAACAAUUUACAAAUAUGAUACCAAGGCAACAUUUCACAACCAUUUCAACAAUAAUCCCCGGUUCACAGUGCACCAUGGGAACGGGAGGUACAAUCUUAAUAUCUCAAACACCCAGCUGUCUGAUGCUGCAACGUAUUAUUGUGGUGGAAUUAAUGUAAAUGUAAUGGAAUUUGAAGAUGGAAUAUUUCUCAUUCUCAAAGGAUCCAGCAACACUGAUGUGCAGCAGCCGGUCUCUGAAUCAGUCCAUCCAGGAGACUCUGUGACUCUCAGCUGUACAAUAAACACUGGGACCUGUGAAGGAGAACACAGUGUCUAUUGGUUCAGACAUGACUCAGGAGAAUCUCCUCCAGGAAUCAUUUCUACCAAUGGAGACAGGAGUGGUCAGUGUAUGAAGAGCCCUGAGUCUGGGUCUCCUACACAGAGCUGUGUCUACAACCUCCCCAAGAGGAACCUCAGCCUCUCUGAUACUGGGACUUACUACUGUGCUGUGGCUUCAUGUGGAGAGAUACUGUUUGGAAAUGGGACCAAGCUGGAUGUUGGAGAUGGUUUCGUUGAUCAUCAGAUGAGAAUCCUGGUCCUUUGCUCCAUCAUCAGAACUGCAGUGCUCUUCUGCGGCCUGAUCAUCUUCAGAAUGAUUUACACCAUCAGGAAAUAGAUGCAUUAAAGACAAUAUCAAUAGUAGUGAAUAAUGUUCAGUAUGUUAAUUCUUUUUUCCAAAUGCCUGUGUAUGUAGCUACUCUAAGCAUGAAUCAUUGCACUUUAAACAGAGGUAUUCACAUAUUUUAAUAAUUUUUAUAGGGACCUAAAGUAUUUUCAUCAAGGUUACUGAUGAAAAGGAGGUGUAGAAAAAGUGAGUGUGGUUUGGGUGCGGUGAGAUUCAAAGACCACACUUCCGGAAGUGCAGGUUGUUUGUCUAAAAUAGACAAUGUGAUGCAUGAUGUCAACUGGACUUAUUGUCAACUGCCCAUAGAUGAACUUUGACAAUGUUGUACAAAUAAAUUCAACUAUAAAAUCCACACGUUUUGUUGACAGAUAGACUUGAAAUAUGGCGAGUCAUACUGAGAGACAUAAAAGCAGAGAGCGAGA